AUGACUAAUGUUGGUACAACUUAUGCAACAUCCGAGAAUACAGUUUCAACCCCGCCACCUACAAUCUCUAAUGAAAUGCCACCUCCUCACAUUAAGAAACGAAAGAAUCGUUCAGAGGUUUGGAAUCAUUUUAUUGUAUCAUCGGAAGAAGAACAAAAAGCUUCGUGCAAAUACUGUGACAUGAAAAUUAAGUAUAAUAACAGAACUAGUUCCAUGCAUGCCCAUUUAUCAAGAUGCCUCUUUUACAAGAGAAAAAGGACAUCGUCUUCUAUGACAAAUGCUGAAGAACAUGUUGGGUCUCCUUUAAUCAUCAAGUUUGAUCAAGAAGUCAUUCGAAGAGCAAUGGUUAAAAUGUUCAUAAACAUGGAGAUUCCUUUUCGGAAGGUCGAACAUGAGUCUUUUCAUGAAUUUAUGAGUCUCGCUUCACCAAGAUUUAAGAUUUUUUCGCGCACAACAUUGGCACGUGAUGUCUUGAAACUAUGGGACACAGAAAAGAUAAUUUUAAAAAAAAAUUUCUCUCUGAAUUGUCGAAGAGUUUGUCUCACCACUAAUAUGUGGACUUCUUGUCAAAAGUUGAGCUAUAUGUGUGUGACGGCCCAUUUCAUUGACAAUAAUUGGCACUUACAGAAGAAGUUUUUAAAUUUUUGUCAAGUCACAAGUCAUACAGGGGAUGCUAUUUGUGAAACAAUGGAGAUGUGUUUGAACAAUUGGGGCUUAAACCGCGUGCCUAGUUUGACGGUUGAUAAUGCUUCAUCUAAUGAUGUUGGAGUUGAACGUCUCAAGAGAAUACUUUUGUCUAAGAAUAGUUUAGUUAUGAGCGGAAACCAUUUCAUAUGA